AAUGGGAGGGACGAGCCUGACACUAUAGGUAUUUCCCAGCACACAGCACUGAGUAUGUAUUGUACAGCACUGAGCACACACACCUUUGCCUCUGGGCAUUAAUCAUUGGAUGCUCCUGUUUGUGGACACAGACGGGCAGGGGCCCUGGGUCUGAGCUGGGCCCUGGGAGCCCUUCUGGAAUGGGAUGAUACAACAUGGCUGCUCUGUCCUUGCUGUGUCGGGGCAAUGCCCAGGUGGUGAGGCCUCUACAGGAGAAGCUGGAGGUCUGCUAUGAGCCAGAGGAUUACUUCAACUGGAAGUCACGCCAAGAGUUCCACAUCAGGAGAUUUCUCAGUGGGAAAUGCGCUUCCUAUCACUACUGGGAGUUUCCCACUCCAAAGACAUUUAUCACCAGAAAAGGAGCUCUGGUACUGUACUCGGAGGAUUUGGCAUUACCGGCAUGGCACGUGUCACCGAUCAGGCGGGUCCACAAAAUCCAUGGCACCAAAAGGAAGAGGUUCCAGCUUCAGCUCAGUACUCUGCAGGAUUUAACUGGAGCUAUUCUGGCUUAUGGCAGGAAACGGAAUGAUCCCUCGCAGCCCCACUGGCAGCCAUACCUACAUUUUCUAAAUGAAGAGGAUAUUCCUUGUGACAGACAGAUUCGGCCUGGAUAUUCCCCCAAGAGAUAUCUUACCCGUCUCUUCCAAACAUGGGAUCCAGACGCAGCUUACAGGCUGCACCAAGCAGGAAGCCUGAGAGACUCUGUGCAACUCCAGCAGCUGACAGCCUGUGCAGGUGACACCAGUGGAAGGCACCCGGACUUGUCACAUAGUCCCCAGAAGUAUCAUCGCCUCCCAGUUACCUGCUCUCUCCCUCACUGGAGUAAUAGCGAUGCGUUCAGCAGGACAGGACGCUGCACCCCUGUACCGGAGGAGACCGGGAGUCACGAGGAGCUGGGAUAUGAUGCAGGAAUACAUGAAACAUAUGGAACAAAGUCUGACGUUCUCCAACCGAGCGCAGCGACACUGUGGAAAUCCAGCUCAGAAUGCGCAACGUCCAACGCUACACAGAGGAGGAAGAGGCGGUGUAACGCACACAUGGGAGCAGCGCAGCAGAGUGCGUCAGACAGAGAUGAGGUCACCAGCGAUGAGACGGAGCGCUAUGAGAGGCCUGUAGUCCCCGCCGAGGUCUCCAUGUGGAAGGACAAUGCGUUACCCCCUCAUGGGAAGCCUCACACCUCGUUCUAUGGGGGAUCCUUUGCAGGACGAUGGAAAUACCCUCACACCAAACAAGAGGUUCUGAAGCAGCAGAGUGAAAACGUCCAGCCUCUUCCAGGCGGAGGAUUCCUGCCCCCUAUCUCUCAAGCCCUUGGCCCAGAUCCGGAUGUCAUGAGAGAUCCCAGCAGCAAG